AUGUACCCUCCUGAAGCUCAUCCCAAAGCGAGAAAUUGCUGGAAAGAUUCUGACUCGAUUGUUGGAUGUUAUAUGUUAGCGAGCAUGAGUAAUGUAUUGCAAAUGCAACACGAGAAUUUUCAUACUGCCAAAGAGAUCAUGACAAAUUUGAAGGAUUUGCUCGGAGGUCAAGUCGCAUUGGCUCGACAACUUGCUAUUACAAAUUUGAUGAACUCUCAGUAUAAUCCUGACACUCCAAUCAAAGAACACAUAAUUAAGCUUACAGGAUUCUUUGCGGAAGCAGAGGACAAUGGGUAUAAACUAGACGUGAACACUCAGAUUGAAAUUGAGUUCAAAUUCUUAACCAAUGAGUUUGUUGGUUUUAGGGCCACUUACAACUUGGGGAACAAGGCACUUACCUUGACUCAGCUCAUGAAAGAAUUACAAUCCUAUGAGUUGAUGCUGAAUGAUGGUAAGCUGGUCCAGGAGAAACCUAAGAGAAACUUAGUUGUGGGCCCCUCAUCCUCUAAGGGGAAACAAAAAGCUAAGGAAAAAAAGAAACCAACUAAGUAUUCAGUUCCACCUCGUGUGGAUAGGAAGAAGGCUAAGAAGUAA